UGGAAACUUCUUAAGGUAGCCCAACAGCAAACUCUCGAUUACAUUCCUUGAAAGCCCAACCAAACCAAGCUAUCUGUAUAAAAGAAACCGAAUUCCAGAAACCACGGAGACAAGGGAAAUAUGGACUGGCUGAUUCAAAAAAUGCGUAAGGAUCUUGGCUUGCCUUUGCUUCCAGUCAUUCAGGCUCCUUCAACUGAAAUAGCUGUUUCAGAUCUGACACAUGCAUCUGCUGAAGUCUGUGAAGUCAUGUUUUUCUUGUUUGGUGCAAUGACCAUUGUAGAGAUAGUUGAUGCCCAUCAAGGAUUUAAGCUGGUUACUGACAAUAUAACCACUCGAAAGCCACGGACUCUGCUUUGGGUGGUUGGUUUUGUGACUUUUUUCCUUAGUUCCAUCCUUGACAAUUUGACGUGUACAAUAGCCAUGGUUUCUAUGUCAAGGAAACUAGUACCUGCAUCAGAAUACCGCAAGCUUCUGGGAGCUGUUAUUGUAAUAGCAGCAAAUGCCGGUGGCGCUUGGACUCCUAUUGGUGAUGUUACCACUACCAUGCUAUGGAUUCAUGGUCGAAUAUCCACAUUGCAGACUAUGAAGAGUUUGUUCAUACCUUCAAUUGUUUCUCUAGCUGUCCCACUGGCUUUAAUGUCUUUGACUAGCAAAGUUAACGGGAAGGGACUAGAUUCUCCCAAUGUUUUGGCAUCUGAAGACAUGGCGCCUAGAGGGAAACUUGUUUUCUCUGUGGGUAUGAGUGCUUUGAUUUUUGUUCCGGUAUUCAAGGCCUUAACUGGUUUGCCUCCUUUUAUGGGCAUUUUAUUUGGACUUGGAGUUCUUUGGAUACUGACUGAUGCCAUUCAUUAUGGUGAAUCGGAAAGGCAAGAAUUAAAAGUUCCACAAGCUUUAUCAAGGAUUGAUACUCAAGGAGCUCUUUUCUUCCUUGGAAUACUUUUGUCUGUGAGCAGCCUAGAAGCAGCAGGUCUUCUUCGGGAGUUGGCAAAUUACCUGGAUGCUCAUAUUCCUAAUGUUGAACUGAUAGCAAGUGCAAUAGGAUUUGUGUCAGCAAUUAUUGACAAUGUUCCACCGAUUACAGCAACAAUGGGUAUGUAUGAUCUCACCACUUUUCCCCAGGAUUCUGAGUUUUGGCAACUAGUUGCAUAUUGUGCUGGUACCGGUGGAUCCAUGCUAGUUAUUGGGUCUGCCGCGGGAGUUGCAUACAUGGGAAUGGAAAAAGUUGACUUCUUUUGGUAUUUGCGCAAGGUGAGCGGUUUUGCUUUUGCAGGUUAUGCUGCUGGUUUUGCAGCCUAUUUAGCAGUUAAUAACCUUCACAUCUCCUUACCCUCAACCUUAAGUCAGGUUCCCUUCCUUUCUGGUUCAUAAUGCUACAGCUUGGCCAUUUUUUUUUUAAAUUAAUUUAGUGGAAGAGGAAAUCCCCCAUAAUAUGUACAAAGCAUUUAGUCUUUAGAAAAUAAGAAAUUUCGGAGGAAAAGGUUGAUACCGUUCUUGAAACUCCUGUCUACAAACAUUAUGGUCAUUCUUAUCAGAUAGGUAAAGAACCAUGAAUUAAGCAUAUUAUGUCAAAAAUGACGGUUUGCCGUGAAAUUGAAUUCACUGGAAAAUGUUAUGAAAGCAAUAACUCCAUAUCUGCAUCAAAGAGUUCUUUUUUCAAAGUACAAAUCUAAGAAUUUUCUGAUAACAUGCACAAAAACAUAAUUGAUCUACCAACUUAAUCUGUUGCAAAGGGAAAACGAAUUAAAAGGAAGUGUUACGAAUAAGGCAACAAUUAGCACGCAAAGCACAUCUACAUCCAUGAAACCAGAUGCAAAUCUGAAUCAGACAAAAUUUAACUCGAUAAUAAGCAGUCUUUUUGUUGCAAAGCUCAAUUAUGCUUUCUUCCAUCCUUGUCCUAAACCAACGACAAAACACACUCCAUAACAAUUUUCAAAAUUGAGCACUAAAAUGUAGUAGAAAUGUCCAAUCCAACCCAAGAAGAAGAGGAUAUGGUACUGAUACAGCCACCCUGCAACUUUUAACACUUUUAACACCACUUGCACCUUCUGCCAAUUGGACAGCCAGCCUCCCACGUUUCUCAGCAAGUUCGACAUUUGGCUUCAACUCUGUUAGAACCUGCAGGGGAAGUUUACAAAUAAGUGAAACAUCAAUCAUGAAUGACUAGAACGUGAAGAAGAAAAAAUGAAAGGCUAUAUCAGCAAGAAGUAAGGAAGAAAAAUAGAU